AUGGCUGGGAAUGCGCAACGCGAUACACAGCGCGAUGACUCGAUGGCUUCGGGAGGCGGUUUAGGUCUCUUCUCUCACCUCCCUGAGCAACGCAUCCGCGUCGCCAAGGCCUGCGAAUCAUGUCGUCAGCGUCGCGUCAAAUGUUCCGGAGACCGUCCCGCCUGUCAACACUGUCGUACCUACGGAUUUGAGUGCAAGUACGAACUGAGCCGCAAACGCAACCGAGCUCAAGACGAAAUAACCGAACUGCGCCAAAUCAACACAACCUACCAGCAACUCCUGCGCAACAUCCUCCCUCACCUCCCACAAGGCCCCGCUUCCGCCGUAACCGAGGCACUCCGCCAGACGAACGCUCUUGGUUCCCCGUCUAGAUCAUCCGGCGAUGACCCCUUUGAUGCGGAUGCGGAUGAGGUAUCGUCGUUACAUUCGCUGGAUGCGAUCGAGGAGGAUUUCAACACCAUUGAUCUCAACCGUCCCGAGGGGUUCAUUGGUCCCGCGACGGAUGUAGCCUUCGUCCGUGCCAUCAUCAGCAAACUCAACGAAAAAGACCACGCCCCCUCCGCACACGCAACCCCCGGCCGUAAUCCCGACUCGACCUCCACCUCCAUAUCCCGCCACCCCGAUAUCCACACAACCUUCCACCUCGACGACGUCAAACCCGGUCCCGACCCCUCCACCGUCGAGACCUCCAUCCUCCCGUCCCGCCACCUCGCAGAUAUCUUUCUGGAGAGAUACUGGGGCUGUUCUCAUAUCGUCUUUCCAUUCCUCGAUCGUCGGCAGUUCAUGGAGAGGUAUGACACAUUCUGGGAUGAACCACCCCCGAUGGUGGGACAAGUGAAUACGUUCCGCGCACUAGUCAACAUCGUUCUCGCGAUCGGUGCAUACCAAGUCUGGCGUUCCGAACCACUCGGGGAAGGAAUUCCAUCUACCUCCGCUGAUGCCUCGCCGAAGAUCCACGAAGAACUCUAUGCCCGUGCACAGAUAUGCGCCGGCAACUUGGAAGAGGUAGGUCGUUUGAUGCACAUCCAAUACGUCCUCCUCUGCGCUCUCUUCCUCACCAGCAUGGACCGCCCCAACCGCGCCUGGAACACCAUCGGCCUCGCCGUUCGCCUCGCAUACGGUAUCGGGCUCAACCUCAAAAACGAGGCGAUGGAAGGCGUCACGGAAGUCCAAAAAGAAACACGUAAUAGGACGUGGUGGUCGAUCUAUUGUUUGGAGUUUGAGUUGUCGCAUAUGUUGUCCAGACCGCCGUGUAUCUCAGACUCAGAUGUCUUCGCUGCCCUCCCACGCGAAAUCGACGACGAAUAUCUCCACGCUGACGGAAACAUCGGUGAACAACCUCCUAGCCAACGUUCCUACGUCUCUUUCCUGUUAUCAGAGACAAAAUACGUGAGAAUCAUCACGGACGCAACCCGGAAGCUACACUCUGUGCAGGCCUCACAUACCCCCUGGAACAUCAUCCAACAAAACAUCAUGGACGCCGAACGCGAGCUAAAACAAUGGAAUUCCUCCCUCCCCGAUAUCCUCAAAUUCGACGUCCCAGGCUCGUCAACCUCUUACGGCGCCGGCCGCGGUUUGCACUCCGGUCCCCACGGUCCCCACAGCAGCCACACACCCCGCCGCCGUCCUGAUAUCGAAGACGCGAUGUUGAGGUUUUACUCGCCCACGUUUAAACGGCUCAGAUUCGCGUUGGAGUUGCAGUAUUAUAAUGCGAGGAUAUGGAUUAUGCGUGUAUGUCUCUCCAGCUGUUCACCGCGUUCUGGGGAGACGCAUGCUCAUGAUUCAAGGUUCGAUGUGGACGCUUACGCUGCGCGGGCUUGUAUCGACUCUGCCGUCGCCACGAUCUCGGCGAUGGAGUCCCAUCAUGCUGCGGCAUUUGCGGAGAGUGGAGCAACGGGUGUUGUACCCGAGCGGGAAGCGGAGGCUGCGGCGAGUUUGGUGAUGACGAGCUCGGCGUGGUGGGUGAUUUGCUUCUACCUCAUGUCCGCCGCAGUCGUCCUCGUCGCCGCUCUUGUCAUCGAUCCGGACCGUGAACGCAAAGAUGAGCUCCAUGCUUGUGUCGAGAAGUGUACACGUCUCUAUGAGCGUAUCGGGAGGACACAGGAGAGUGCGAGGAGGUGUUUGAGGAUCGUGCAGGACUUGAGACGGGCAAUCGCAGAAGGUGGGUUGAGAGAUCGAACGAGGGAGGGGAGGAGCGGGAAUGCCUUCAUGGACAGGGAUAGGGAAAUGGCGGAUAACGAGGGAAGACCCUUCGCUCAACCUUCGUCGCCGAAAAGGAAGGUGCAGAGAAGUGACUCUGGCAGAGACGAGGGAUCCGCCUGGCCCUUCCGCACACCGGACGGCUCAGCCGGGCAGGAACGUCACUCACAAAGCGACCUCAGCCUCUCUCAAUCCAAUCUGUACACCCCAUCUCAAACACGCCCAAGUAUGCCUUCGUCAACGACCUCUGCCUCCUCCGCACCCAUCGCAUCUGCCACCACCCCUGGCUACACCCCCUAUCACCGUUCGCAACCCAACACACACCUUCCUCAUGUUCCCGCACCAGCACGAAUAGACCCUACGCCCGCGUCCUCUAUGACAGCCACCACGCCAACUACGACAACGGGCGGGUUCGCUGAUGCUCGCGGUCGUCACCUCCCUCCGCCAAUCCCGCAAGUACCGCUCGGUAGCCCAGUACGCAUCCAACCAUCCCUGAUCCCGACAUUACCGCCGUACUCGAGUAUCCACCACCACGGUGGCUCUCCGCCAGGAGGAGGAGGAGGAGGAGGAGAGGGCCCGCCGCGCGCAGUCCCGAACGUUCUCCAUGGUGCUUACUCCCCCAGUGCCUUCCCCUUCGAUCCAGGUCACAAAUACGGCCAGGGUGGUCCACCGUGGCCGUAUCAGCAGGUCCCGUAUCCUGGAUCAUAUCAAACCCAGGGCCACGGAUCAGGACCUCAAGCUAUGAAUAUGGCGAUGGGUAUGAACAUGGGGAUGGGGAAUCCGGCUUGGACGGGACAAGUCCAGUGGGCGCCGCCUGCGCCGUCGCAUCCUCAUUCUUCACAUCAACGUCGGUAUUCACAACCGCAGCCUCAUAUUCAAGAAAGGCCGGUACGGACGCAGUCACAAUCUUCCGCGAACCUGAAUGUCAAUUUGAACCUCCCUCCGACAACCAGCAGAUCAGGCGCCGGACCCGCUGGCCAAGGACCAGAACAACGAAUAGAUCAAGGCAACGCAGAGGGGAUCGGACGGACUAUGCAGGGAGUGCAAAGUCCCGGUAUGGGUAGUAGGACCAGUGGUAGUGGGACGAUGAGUAGUGCGACGAUGAGUAGUACGACGAUGAUGCAGAGUGCUGGGAGUGCUGAGACGAUCCGUCCCGGUCCCCGCGCAAGUCAUGAGGAGCGGUAG